UCGUCGUGUAAAGACACUCGUUUUCAAAUCUCGGAAAUAAAGAAAAAUCCUAAGUUGAAUUUUAUAUUUUUCUUCAAAUUUCACUCGUGUUUUAGUUAGUUCGGCCAUCAACAGAGGAUCAAUCAUUGAUAAUUAAAGGUAAAGACGACUCACUUACCUACUCAACAAUAAAUAUGCUGAACGAGGCGGAUUUUAGGCAUAAAAAUCGACACAGUAUGAAUUUACGGUCAACUUCUUCACGAGAAGAGAGGAGUUCUCAAAAUUUUGACUCGAAAGAAGCACGUGUGAACGCUAACAACAGCAUGUCCAAAGUUUUCAGGAAUCCUUUGAUUCUCGACACCAUCUUCGCCAAGCUUGACCUCCCCGAUCUGAUGACGUCUCGUCUCGUCUGCCGUGAGUGGAACGACGUCGCCUCCACCUUACUAGGAAAACGGGCUUAUCUCCACGCCAACAAGCUUAAGUCGUCUAAGGUGACCCCCGUCUCCGACAAACUGACGCGACACCUCCUCAUCUCUGACAGAUGUGACCAAUCCAAGAAGAAGAUGACCAACGUUAUUACAAAAGCGUUCACUCAAGUGUCCGAAUUAACCCGCAAAAUUAAAUUUGCCGCCACUCGGAAGGAAUUCAUCCCCACCUUCCUCGAAAGAAUGAGGACUUUGGGGUCCACUAAAGUCCAACGCGUUGACAUUAUCAGCGCUUGGGGACGCGAUAAGGUGUACAAAUUUCCAGCCGAGGCUUAUCAAAAACUCCCCCCGAAACCCAGCCUCACCUCGCUCAGGUUAAGGCUUCUUCCAAGCUUUAUGUGCACCAGAACCCCCAGUAACGAGGAAUUUCAACCCCUUGUUCAAAUCUUGCUCGAUUCAGCCCCCAAUUUGACCACGCUGGGCGUCGAGGCGUCCCUCUAUCCGGAUUUGGAGGGGUGUAAAAACCUUAAAGUUCUCAAAUUUGAGUAUAUAGCGCACCUUUUGGAUUAUCGUCGUAAGCUCAGUUUGACCAAGCUGACGGACAUGCUGGGACAGGUGAAGGAUUCCUUAAUCGAGGUGGAAUUGGGGAUAUGGACUUCCACGGGGAACACGGAACCUGUUACCGGAGGUCCCGUCAUGUCGAAACUUACCACGCUCGCAAUCCACCCCACAGAUGGGAACCAAAUUCUUAAUUUUUUUGAUGAAGACCACUUCCCCCAAUUAAAAACCCUCCGCGUCCACGACAUACAUCAAGAUUCGUGUAGUUCAUCCUUCUUAAAAUUAUGGAGGAGACACAGGGGAGUUCAAUCUAUCGCGUUGAGCUUGAAUUCAUUUGCAUGCUGGGAAGAUGAGGAAUUCAGGGGAAAAAUUGUGGAUUUAUUUCCCUCCGUUAAGGAAAUCAAUUUGGCCUUGAAGGACAUAGAUUUUAAUGAUAUUCCGGCCCUCAGCGAGAUCAUUGAACCUUUCAAAACGUGGGAUUUGGAACGGGUCAGUGUGCACGUGGAUGGGGUGAGCAAAAUCUCGGUUCUGAUGGACGUCCUUAAAGCGAUGUCCGGUUUGAAAGAAGAUCACCUAAUCAAACACCGUUUUCGAGGAGUUAAAAGUGCCCGGUUCUCGGACGUCGACAUCAAAGAGGACCAAUUUUCUCCCCACAUUCAGGAUCUCAUCUUGCAAAGUAGAGGAUUUAAAAGCGUAGAAAUCGCAGGGUUUAUGGAACCGGAAAUCGUGGAACGGAUUCGAUCCAUUUUUGAAGCGAGUGGUGCACCCAUUCAUUUUUCGGGAGGCGUGGUUCACAAGGAAAUCAGCGGAGUAUAUUCUUCUUAGAUAAAAGUCAACUGGGGUUUCAAUACUACAACUUUUACUUGUAAUUCUUCUACUUAAACGCUCUCAUCACCACAUUGUGUAACACACAGACAACACGUUCCUAAAAUUUACAACUUUGCAUAUUUAUAUAUAUUAUUACUUAAAAAAAUAAUAAAGUUUGGAAAAUUGCUUAACUCGA